UUUUCUUCUUUUUAGAACGAACUUGCUUGCUUGUUGGUCUUCUUAGAGUUGUACAAGCCAUUCUUUAAAGAAUCUCUCUCUAAGCACUCACUUCCUCUCUCUAGAUCAGAGAUGAUGAUACCACCUGCCACGAGCAUGAAACCGAUCAACAAACCCAGCAUCCAAAACCUCAAUUUCCGGAAACCCAAUUCACAAUACUCAACGAGGUAUCCAAACGAUUCUCCCUCUUUCUAAAAUAUACUCACUCACUCUCUAGACCUGCGAUCCACCAUGGAGAUGAUCAAGAAAACCAUCCACACCCUCAAUUUCACAAAACCCAUUUUACAAUACAUCUUUCUCCUCAUCCUUUUCUCUCUCUACUCAACACCAUCUUCAGUUUCUUCACAUCCAGUACCACCACCAAUUCCAAUUUUGCCCAUCCCAACCUCACAACAGCUCUCAUGGCAACUCUCGGAUAUGGCCCUCUUCCUCCAUUUCGGCCCAAACACGUUCACCGAUUCGGAAUGGGGCACUGGCCACGCCGAUCCCUCCGUCUUCGCCCCCACUGCCCUGGAUGCCGGGCAGUGGGUUAGAGUUGCCAAAGAAAAUGGAUUUUCUCGUGUAAUCCUAACAACCAAACACCAUGAUGGAUUCUGCUUGUGGCCUUCCGACUAUACUGAUUACUCGGUGAAGACUAGUCCUUGGAAGAGUGGCAAUGGCGAUGCUGUAGCUGAAUUGGCUGAGGCUGCUAACAAUGCUGGUGUCCAACUGGGGCUCUAUUUGUCUCCGUGGGACCGGCACGAGCCCAAGUAUGGGAAGACUCUGGAGUAUAAUGAACACUAUAUGGGGCAAAUGACUGAAUUACUGACAAGAUAUGGUGUGAUAAAGGAGGUAUGGCUAGAUGGCGCGAAAGGGGAGGGAGAGAAAGAUAUGGAGUAUUUCUUUGAUGACUGGUUUGCUCUCAUUCAUCAGCUCCAGCCCGGAGCAGUCAUUUUUUCUGAUGCUGGUCCAGAUACCAGGUGGGUAGGAGAUGAAGGUGGUGUUGCUGGGACUACUUGCUGGUCGCUUUUCAAUCGGAGUGCUGCAAAAAUCGGCGAUACUGAUCCCAAAUAUUCUCGAGGAGGAGACCCGAGUGGUCAUGACUGGGUGCCUGCUGAAUGUGAUGUCUCCAUCAGACCGGGUUGGUUUUGGCACGCGUCCCAAGUUCCAAAAUCUGCAGAGACUCUUCUUAACAUAUACUACAAAUCAGUUGGCAGAAACUGCCUCUUGUUACUAAAUAUACCCCCAAAUUCUUCAGGUCUCAUAUCAGAAGAAGAUAUACAAGUGCUUCAAGAAUUCACUGAGCUUCGGGGCUCCAUAUUCUCCCGUAAUCUGGCAAAAGAUAGCCGUCUUACUGCCAGCAGUAUACGAGGAUUUAGUGAUUCUCGGUUUGACUCCCACAAUGUCCUUGAAGAAGGCAUCUACACUUAUUGGGCUCCCGAAGAAAAUCGCACUGAGUGGGUAUUAUACUUGGACUUUGAGGAACUAGUGACUUUCAAUGUUUUGCAAGUUCAGGAGCCAAUUCACAUGGGACAGCGGGUCGUUGAGUUCCAUCUUGAUACCCUGAAUGGAAACGGACGAUGGGAGAAAGUGGCUAAUGGAACAACGGUGGGAUAUAGGAGGCUAUUGCAGUUUCCAAAAGUAGAUUCCCGCCGCUUGAGGUUUGUUAUCGACAGGUCCCGGGCAGACCCACUGAUUUCUUUUUUGGGAAUUCAUUUGGAUCCAUUCUCCAUUUUAAGCAACACAACCGAUACCAGCAUCGAAUGUCCUUCAAUGGCAAUCAAUUUCUUUAGCAAAUUACAUGCAAGCAUUCUCAAAAUUUUAGAAUACUUUCUUUGAAUAAUGUUUUCAUUACAAUCCGUUUGAGCCUUUUAUUUGUAUAUAAGAUUUAAAGAAAGGCUAAGAGGCUCCCAUCAAUGUAAAAUUUGGGAGUCUCUUUUUCGUUUUGAACCCAUGACUUUCAGAUUGUUGUUGUGGCAAAAUAAAUUUUGUUUGUUUGUUUUUUA